GUGUGUGCGGGGGGUCCGGGUAUCUGGGCUGGUCCAGCGGCUGCUGCGCUCAUAUGACUCCAGGAUUCGGGAGCCGCAGGGUCUGCCCCAGAGAGAGCCCGGGGUGCAGGCCCCAUAGAUCCCCUAUAGGGACCCCCAUAGAAGGACGCAGACUGGGGGAGAGAGAGACACCCCCUUAUUACCCCCUCCCUUAUACCACCUUCCCCUAUAGAUCCCCUCCCUUACAGACCCCCUUCCCCAUAGGUAUCCCUUGCCCUAUAGACACCCCCUUCCCCUCCAGAGAUCCCCUAUAGACACCUCCUUUCCCCAUAGAGAUCCCCCCCCCCGACACCAUAAUCCUAGAGAAAGAGCCCUUAUAGAAGAAGGACCCUAUCGAGAGAACUCCCUUGUUUGGAAAGACCUUCACUCACAGACGAGACUCGCCCUAAGAGAUGCCCCUGUAGAGAGCCUUCCCCUAUAAAAGCAUCCUAUAGGGGAGCUUUCCCUACAAUAGGGGAUCCCCUGUCUAGCGAGAAAGACCCCUCCUCCCCCUGUAAAAAAGAGAGACCCCCUUCCGGGAGGACCCCAUCCAGAAGAGACAUCCCUGUAAACAGACACCUCUCCUGCCCAGAGAGAGCAGCCCCCAUAGGAUUGAUAGACCCCCCCAUUUGCCCCCAUAGGCACAGCCCCCUACAGCGUCUCCAGGAUGAAUUACCUGCGGAGACGCCUCUCGGACAGUAACUUCAUGGCCAACCUGCCCAAUGGCUACAUGACGGAUCUGCAACGGCCUCAGCCCCCUCCGGUGCCCCCCGGCGCCCCCUCGCCUGUCCCCUCCCCGGGCAGCAUCUCCCCGGCCGAGCGCCCCCCGGCUGCCCCCAGUCCUGGGCCCGGCGGGGGGGGAGGCGGGUUCUUCUCAUCCCUGUCCAACGCCGUGAAGCAGACGACAGCGGCCGCAGCAGCCAGCUUCAGCGAGCAGGUCGGGGGCAGCAGCACGGGGGGUGGGGGGCGCAGCCGGACGCUGCUGGUCAUCGACGAGCCAGGCACCGACUGGGCCAAAUUAUUCAAGGGCAAGAAGCUCCAUGGUGAUGUCGAGGUGCGGGUGGAGCAGGCCGAGUUCUCAGAGAUGAAUCUGGUGGCUCAGGCCAAUGGGGCCUUUUCGGUGGAUCUUGAGGUUCUGCGCAAUGGGGUCAAGGUGGUGAGGACGGUGCACCCCGACUUCGUGCUGGUGCGGCAGCAUGCCUACAGCAUGGCCCCGGGGGGCGACCACCGGGGGCUGGUCAUUGGGCUGCAGUACGCCGGGGUGCCCAGCGUCAACUCCCUGCACUCCAUCUACAACUUCUGCGACAAGCCCUGGGUGUUUGCCCAGUUGGUACGGCUGCGCAGGAAGUUGGGGGCUGAGGAAUUCCCCCUCAUCGAGCAAACCUUCUACCCCAAUUACCGGGAGAUGCUGACGACCCCCAGGUACCCUGUGGUGGUGAAGAUGGGCCAUGCCCACUCUGGGAUGGGCAAGGUGAGGGUGGAGAACCAGUACGACUUCCAGGACAUUGCCAGCGUGGUGGCGCUGGCCCGGACGUACGCCACGGCCGAGCCCUUCGUCGACGCCAAGUACGACCUGCGGGUGCAGAAAAUCGGCACCAGCUACAAGGCUUAUAUGAGAACCUCGGUCUCGGGGAAUUGGAAAACGAACACGGGCUCGGCCAUGCUGGAGCAAAUCGCCAUGUCUGACAGGUACCGGCUGUGGGUCGACACCUGCUCAGAGAUUUUCGGGGGGCUGGACAUCUGCGCAGUGGAAGCCCUGCAUGGCAAGGACGGGCGCGACCACAUCAUUGAGGUCGUCGGCUCCUCCAUGCCCCUGAUCGGGGACCAGCAGGACGAAGACAAAGAGCAGAUUGUGCAGCUGGUCCUGGGGCGCAUGGCGCAGGCCCUUCCCCGAACCCCCACCCCCUCCCCGGUGCGGGGAGGCCCGGCCCAGGCGCAGGGGGCCCCGGCUGGGCAGAGACCAGGACCCACGGCGCAGCAACGGCCCCCCCCGCAGGGGGGACCACAGCCACCGGCCCCACACCCCCAGCGCCCCCCGUCUCAGCAGCGCCCCCCCCCACAGGGGCAGCAGCUCUCCGGCCUGGCCCCCCAGCCAGGCGGCCCCCCCCCUGCACAGCGCCUGCCCAGCCCCACCGCCCCCCAGCAACGCCCCAUGGGCCCCCCCCAGCAGCGCCAGCUGGGCCCCGGCAUCCCACAAGGCUCCCGAGCCCCCCAACCCGGUGGGGGAGUCCCCCCAACCCCCCAGCCCCAGCGGGGACCCAGCCCCGGGGCUGGGGGUCAGUCCCCCCAGUCGCAGCCGAAGUCCGGGGGGGCCCCUCCCCAGCCUCAGCAGCCUCCCCAGCAGCGCCCCCCAGGGGCCCAGCAGCGAGCGCCACCCCGGCAGAGCAGCCAGGGGGCGCCCUCCGGCCAGCGGGUCCCCCCCCAGCCCCGCCCAGCGCCCCCCACCACCCAGCAGCCACGGCCCAGCGCCCAGGGGGGCAGCCGGCCCCCUCCAGCACAUGGGAAACCCCAAGUGGCUCAGAAACCCACCCCGGAGCUGCCGGUGCCCCAGCCCAGAUGAAAGCCGGCACGGGGCAGCGCUAGCCCAGAGGACGCCCGGGCUGAGUCCAUUCGCUCGCUGCGCCAGAGCUUCGCCAGCCUCUUCUCCGAGUGACCCCCGGACCCCCCAAACCUCCUCAGAGACCCCCCAGAUCUUUGCCAGCCUCUUCUCCGAGUGACCCCCAGCUCCCCCGAGACCUCCUUGGACCCCCCGAGACCUCCCUGGACCUCCUGAGACCCUCCGAGACCUCCUCAGAGACCCCCCAGAGCUUUGCGAGCCUCUUUUCCGAGUGACCCCUGGACCCCAAGACCCCCCCGGACCUCCCGAGACCACUCUGGACCCCCUGAGACCCCCGGGCCCCCCUGGAGCCCCCGAGACCUCCUCAGAGACCCCCCAGAGCUUCGUCAGCCCCAUCUCCGAGUGACCCCCCUCGGGACCCCCUGAGGUUUGCCAGCCCCUUCUCUGAGUGACCCCCCCGGAGCUUCGCCAGCCUCUUCUCCGAGUGACCCUCCGGAGACCUCUCCAGACCCCCAGACACCCCCCAGAGCUUCACCAGCCUCUUCUCUGAGUGAUCCCCCCUGCUGCCCCUGGUUCUCCCCUACUUCCCUCGGUGCUCCCCGAGACUCUCCCCUGCUGCCCUAGCCCCUAGAGACCACCCCACUGUCCCCGGUACCCCCUGCUGCUUUUCAGAGACCUCCCUUUUCCCCCAGAGACCCUCCUGUUGUCCCAGCCCCCCAGAAUCCUCCUCCACCCCUGGUUCCCCACACUUCCCCUGGCCCCCCAGAGACCCCUCUGCUGCCCCUGGGUCUCUCCCACUGCUCCUGCCCUGCUGUCCCUGGGAGCCCCCGAGAUCCCCCCCAAGUGAUGCCAUGGCCCCUCUCUGACACCCCCAACGGCCCCAUUGAUCCUCCUGGGGACCCCAAUGACUCCCCCUCACUGCACCGUCCAUCCCCCCGACGGGGACCCAAAGGAGCAGAAGACCCAGCACCUGCCGCUGCCUGGAGCCGGAACUGCUGCACUCAGCCGCCCCCCGGACACCGGGAUCCCCAAUGCGCCCUGUGCUGGUGGGGGGGGACAGGGGCGGGACAUGGACGUAUGUGUUUGUGCUACUGACAGGUUGGUGUGGCUGUGUGUAAAAGUAACAGCUCCCACCCCCAAAUGCACCCUAGCCGCCCCAUAACACCUCCACAUCCCUGCCCCCAGCAACACCCCCCCAUGGUGCCUCCCACAAGCCCCCCACCGCCGAAUCCACCCCUAAUACCCGCACAUCCCUGCCCCCCCAUGCUGACUCAUGCAAGCCCACAACCCCCCAACUGCACUCUAGCCCCCCACAUCCCUGCCCCUCAGCAACACCCCCCCAGGCUGCCUCCCACAAGCCUCCCACCCCCAAAUCCACCCUAGCCCCCCAUAUUAUGCCCACAUUCCUGCCCCCCCAGCAACACCCCAUACCCCUCCUCUGAUACCCCCCUACGUAGCACCCCACCAGCCCAUCUCCCUUUCCCCAAUUGCCCCCACAACGCCCUCCUGCCCCAUCAGCUCCCCCUGUACAGAUCUCAGAGUCUUGCCCCCUCUAUAUUUUUGAGCACCCCCCCAGCGCAGUGUCGUGAUGCCCCCCCAGCACGUGAUGUUUGCGUGUCGUUUCCGUGUCGUGCCAUGACGCUUUGACCCCCUGCCCCAAAUUGGGCCCGGGGGGGGUGCAGGAGGGAGCCCAGGAUCGGGCCCCUCCCCCUGCUGGCCCAGCUGCUGCCCUCCCCCCCAGUUCCCACUGUGAAGGGGAUGGGGUGGGGCAGGGCAGUCGAGCACUAAUUGCUCCCCUUCCCCCGGUUAGUGAUACUUGUGACACUGUUGUGGGUCCCCGUCAUCUGUGAUGUCAAAGAAACGCGGCGCGAGGCCGAGAAACCAGAGACUGAUAUAUUAAAUUCGAGAUUUAACA